GUGUGUGUGUGUGUGUGUGUGUGUGUGUGUGUGUGGAGAGAGAGAGAACAUGAAUUAUGAAUGAGUGGCCCUGGAGCAGGAGAGGGUCUGGGGCAACUGCUCUCCAUGGAAUGAGGAUUGGGAUUCAGAGCUGGCAAUCUAGGCAACUUUGUCCCCGAAGCCCCUGUCCCAGAGAGAGUCAUGGGGCUGGCUGGGAUGUGGCUCCUGUGCACCAGCCUCAUGAGCACCCACAUGCAGCGAGAUGCGCGUGCAGGUGAGUGGAGGGGGCUUCUGUGGAGAUGCCCUUCCACCAUCUGAGGGCUGCCGAGGUAGCAGGCAAGUGACACGUGUCUCCAAGUCAGUGGCGGUGCAGGUCUGUGCCAGGCUGUGUGUGUGUGUGUGUGUGUGUGUGUGUGAGUGUGCAUACAUGUGGGGGGUACAAGGGACAUGUGGGGUGUAGAGGAGCAUGUAGAGUUCUGGGGUCCUUGGUGGUUGGGUGUGCAGCAGCCUGUCAGGGUGUGUGAGCAUCCCGGUGUGACUCUCAGAGUUUUUGUGAGAGUAUGUGUGCAGGGGUGUGUGUGUGUAUGCAUGUGUGUGUGUUUGAAUUUGCAUAUUGGCAUGCAUGUUCACGUGUGCUGUGUCUGCAAAAUAGAGUGACUCAAUAUCGAGCAUGUUGUUUGAUUCCAUGUGUAUUCAUGUCGGUGUGUGUUUGUUAGUGUGUGAAUAUCAAUACUACCGUGUGUGUGUGUGUGUGUGUGUGUAUGCGUGGGUGUCUGUAUUAGCAUGUGUUCCAGUGUGGGUGUGUGAUCAUGGUGCUAGUGUGCAUGAGCGUGUAUGUCGGUGCUUGUGUGGCUGGUGUGUGUGUCUGUGUGUUCAUCUGAGUGUGUGUGAGUGGCUGUUCCCUCCCCGCUGGCUGAGGACACAGCUGGGACACUGGCCCGCCGAGGCCGGGUUGGGGUGAAUGAAUGUGUGACCACCUCCGUGAGCUCAGGACAAUUCAUUCUACACCCUGUGGGGAGAUCCAGAAAAGAAAUAGGCAAUAAUGGCUCUGCUCUCUGGGGCCUCCUAAGCUUCCUAACAUAAAAUAGCUUGAAAAUAAUUAAGCAGUAAAGACCAAGAUCAAGCUAAGAGGUGGGGGUGGGGCGUGGCCACAGAAUAAGCAAAGGCCCUGGGUUGGGAUGGGGUGUGUACCUGGAGCAAUGAGGAAGCUGGAGGGGUAGGCAGGAACCACAUCGUGCGGGGCUUUGAACUCCAGGCUUCUUGGGCUUUAUCCUGAGGGCCCUGGGGAGUCCAGAAAGGUUUUGUGCAACAGAGGGACAUGAUCAGAUUUGGGAUUUAGAAAGCUGCCUCAAUGGCACUGUCAAGGUUAAACUGGAAGGGAAGGGUGGGAGCCAGGAGGCCAGUGUGGAGGCUAAACCAGUGUGGGUAUCAGUGAGGUCUGGGGCCACGUGGGCCAAGGGGCAGAUGAGACCAGGGCUUUCUGAAGGGAGAGGUUGGAGGGCUUGGGAAAGAGGAUGGGGAAGGGGAGCAUGGGAGUGGCUCAGGCUUGGGCCAGGGUUGGGGGGGUGCAGUGGCAUGACCUCAGAGGGUCCAGAUGUGGGGAAGGAAAAGCUCUUGGAAGGCUCAGACAUGGAAGGUAGUGAAGGGACACUUGUAGGGUUUCUAGCCAGGGUGCAGAGGGUCGGAGACUGUGGAGCCAUCUCUUCCCAGACAGGGAAACCAAAGCUGUGGCAUUGUCGCUCUCCUCCAGCUGCGAGGCUGGUGCUGAGUCUCAGUCCUCUUCCCUUUGGGCCUGCACAGGCCCUCUUGGUUGCCUGAGCUGGAUGGCUCAGUGAGGGUUAACUGCCUUUAUGCUCCUGCACCCCCAGCUCCCCCUGCCCACCAAACGGCUCCUGGCUCUCUUCCUGCUUCCCACUCCAGCCUCUUGUCCCUGGGGAUUACUGAUGGCUUGGCUGGGAUCUGGCCAAAUGGGGGAGGCAGAACUCCCAGCAAUACCUCCCUUCAGUCUUAAUGGACUGGGGGUCUCACCCUCAGCUACGCUGCUGUAACAUCCAGCCUGCACUCCUCAGGCUUCUGCUGCUUUGGCCUCUCCAAUCUACCCACUCAGUGUGCUUCCAUUCCUGCAUCUGAUCAUUCAUUUGUUGAUUCCUUUACUCAACAGAGAUCCCCCAAUGCCUGUUUGGUGCCCACUGGCUUGGCCUCUGAAGACACAGAGAGGACCCUGACUCAGACCCUGCUCUCAGGGAGUGCCCAGUCUGAUGAGGAAGGCAGCAGUGGCAACACAGUGGAGAGUGCUGGGCAGAGAGAAGCUGUGGGAGUGGGGGCCUGCGCCAAGCCAGGGCUGCCCAAGAGGAGACAUUUGAGCUGGAUCUUGAGGGAUGGAUAAGAAUUGCCCAGGCAGGGAAGGGCAGAGGAAAAAGCCUGUAAAAGUGGGUAGAUGUGAGAAAGCACAGUGUGUUCGAGGGGCAAAGAGAGUUUGGGUUGGCAGGAGUGAGAAGGGAGUUGAGAAGAGGAAGAGAGGCAGAAGGGGCCAGAUUCUGUAGGGUCUCAGGUGCAAGGCUAAGGGGCUUGUAGGGGCUUGGAUUUUCCUCAUAAAAUUAGGGAGCUAGGGAAAGGCUUCUGCAUAGGAAACCUCCCCUAGGAAGCCCUCCUUGGUUCCCCGUUCCCUCUGAUCCCAUCACCCACCCUGAAGUCUUUCUCCCUGAUGGUACAGGGUCAGGAAUGCAGCCCCGAUUCAGCCUUCCCCUGUGAUGUCCCCUGUGUGUGAGCUCCUUACCCAGCCAGCCAAGGAGUUCCUCAAAGGCAGGAGCCACCUCCUUGUGCUUCCCCACCCCACUCACAGCACAGGGCUGGGCACCAAGGCUCAGUCAGUGCAGCCUCCAAGGCGGAGAGGACAUGAAGAGCAUCUGGGCCACCUUCUAGCAGUUAUUUCACUCCUCUCUACAGCUUGGCCACAGAUCUAUCCAGCCCUGCUUACAUACCCCCAGGGGCAGCAUGCUCAUCCCUUCCCUCUUGGGCAGCCCUUCCCUUGUAGGCCCAGCUACUCCAGGCUGCCUGGCCUUGUGUCAUUUCUCCAUCCUGGGUCACUGUCCUUCUUCCCAAGCAGGGCCAGGCUGGGGCAUAGUGGUUCAGUAGUGCUAUGAGAGAUCAGUGGCCUUUAUUCCAACUACAGAUGGUAAAACAGAUUGAGCAGUCCCUGCGCCCUCUCCAAAAAUAAAGAAGCAGGCAUGGCCAGAGUAGGGAAUGGGGAUAGACAAUGAGGAGGACGUCCUACCGGCACAGAGGGCCUAUGGAAUCUCCUGGCUUCGCAAGAGCGGCUGUGGGCAUGAGGGGAAGUUUCCCAGGACAGGAGGGGGAGUUGGAGGCAGAGACAAUAUUAGCCCCACCCCUCCUGCAGGUGAGUGAUGUCAUCCAGGGAGAGGGGGACUGGAGGGGCUCAGAUAGACAGGGGAGGGGCCUCAGGAUUCCUUCCUUCCUUCUUUCAGCAGCCAUUCAAUGGAUUGCUGCCCUACCAAACGUGGCAGCUCUUCAGGGAGAGGGACAGAGCCAGUGACCACUUGGAGGGAAGCCUGUGGUCUUUCCUACCUCUGCCAGUGUCAGACAAAGGAAUUUAGCAGGAGGGGCCUUGGGGCUGGCCUUAAAAGGAAGAGUCACUUCUCCCGGCAGAACUGAGAGACAGCUCCAGGAAGAGGGAAUGCCACAUAAAAAGGCCUUGAGAGCAAGCCCAGGGCUCCUUGUUCGUGCCAGCGGUCCCUUCCCCUCUAUCUAUCUGCCCCUCCGGACCGCACCCCCGCCGCCCCCUCACUGCGCUGGUCUCUGCCGUGGGACUGUAGCCUGGCUCCAGGACUUUAUUAAGCGGGGCCAGCAGGUCUUCCUCAAGCCGGACGAGCCGCCGCCGCCGCAGCCAUGCGCCGACAGCCUGCAGGAUGCUUUGCUGAGCCUGGGCUCCGUCAUCGACAUUGCAGGCUUGCAAUGGGCUGUCAAAGAGGCCCUGUCAGCUGUGCUGCCCAGAGUGGAGACUGUCUACACCUACCUGCUGGAUGGGGAAUCCCGGCUGGUGUGUGAGGAGCCCCCCCAUGAGCUGCCCCAGGAGGGGAGAGUACGAGAGGCUGUGAUCUCCCGGAAGCGGCUGGGCUGCAAUGGACUGGGCCCCUCGGACAUGCCUGGGAAGCCCUUGGCCAGGCUGGUGGCUCCACUGGCUCCUGACACCCAAGUGCUGGUCAUACCGCUGGUGGACAAGGAGGCCGGGGCUGUGGCAGCAGUCAUCUUGGUGCACUGUGGUCAGCUGAGUGACAGUGAGGAGUGGAGCCUGCAAGCCGUGGAGAAGCAUACCCUGGUGGCCCUGAAGAGGGUCCAGGCCCUGCAGCAGCGUGGGCCCAGCGCGGCCCCGGAAGCGGUCCAGAAUACUCCAGAGGGGGCGGCGGGAGACCAGAAGGGUGGGGUUCCGUACACAGACCAAGACCGAAAGAUCCUGCAGCUUUGCGGGGAACUCUACGACCUGGAUGCCUCUUCCUUGCAGCUCAAAGUCCUCCAAUACCUGCAGCAGGAGACCCAGGCGUCCCGCUGCUGCCUCCUGCUGGUAUCUGAGGACAGUCUCCAGCUUUCCUGUAAGGUGAUUGGAGAUAAAGUGCUGGAGGAAGAAAUCAGCUUUCCGUUGACGAUGGGACGACUGGGCCAGGUGGUGGAAGACAAGAAGUCUAUCCAGCUGAAAGAUCUCACCUCUGAGGAUGUGCAACAGCUGCAAAGCAUGUUGGGCUUCGAGGUGCAGGCCAUGCUCUGUGUCCCUGUCAUCAGCCGGGCCACUGACCAGGUGGUGGCCUUGGCCUGCACCUUCAACAAGCUUGGAGGAGACUUAUUCACAGACCAGGAUGAGCGUGUGAUCCAGCACUGCUUUCACUACACCAGCACGGUCCUCACCAGCACCCUGGCCUUCCAGAAGGAGCAGAAGCUCAAGUGUGAGUGCCAGGCUCUUCUCCAAGUGGCAAAGAACCUCUUCACUCACCUGGAUGACGUCUCUGUGCUGCUCCAGGAGAUCAUCACAGAGGCCAGAAACCUCAGCAAUGCUGAGAUAUGCUCUGUGUUCCUGCUGGAUCAGAACGAGCUGGUGGCCAAGGUGUUCGAUGGGGGCGUGGUGGAUGAUGAGAGCUAUGAGAUCCGCAUCCCGGCCGACCAGGGCAUCGCGGGCCACGUGGCGACCACGGGCCAGAUUCUGAACAUCCCGGACGCGUAUGCACACCCACUUUUCUACCGCGGUGUGGACGACAGCACCGGCUUCCGGACGCGCAACAUUCUCUGCUUUCCCAUCAAGAACGAGAACCAGGAGGUCAUCGGUGUGGCCGAGCUGGUAAAUAAGAUCAACGGACCAUGGUUCAGCAAGUUUGACGAGGAUCUGGCGACAGCCUUCUCCAUCUACUGUGGCAUCAGCAUCGCACAUUCCCUCCUAUACAAGAAAGUGAAUGAGGCCCAGUAUCGCAGCCACCUAGCCAACGAGAUGAUGAUGUACCACAUGAAGGUCUCUGACGAUGAAUACACCAAACUUCUCCAUGAUGGGAUCCAGCCUGUGGCUGCCAUUGACUCCAAUUUUGCCUGUUUCACCUACACUCCUCGCUCUCUGCCCGAGGAUGACACCUCCAUGGCCAUCCUCAGCAUGCUGCAGGACAUGAAUUUCAUCAAUAACUACAAAAUUGACUGCCCAACGCUGGCCCGGUUCUGUUUGAUGGUGAAGAAGGGCUACCGGGAUCCACCCUACCACAACUGGAUGCACGCCUUUUCUGUCUCCCACUUCUGCUACCUGCUCUACAAGAACCUGGAGCUCGCCAACUACCUCGAGGACAUGGAGAUCUUUGCCUUGUUUAUUUCCUGCAUGUGUCACGACCUGGACCACAGAGGCACAAACAACUCCUUCCAGGUGGCCUCGAAAUCUGUGCUGGCCGCGCUCUACAGCUCAGAAGGUUCUGUCAUGGAGAGGCACCACUUCGCUCAGGCCAUCGCUAUCCUCAACACCCACGGUUGCAACAUCUUUGACCACUUCUCCCGGAAGGACUAUCAGCGCAUGCUGGACCUGAUGCGGGACAUCAUCUUGGCCACAGACCUGGCCCACCACCUCCGCAUCUUCAAGGAUCUCCAAAAGAUGGCCGAAGUGGGCUAUGACCGAACCAACAAGCAGCAUCACAGCCUCCUUCUCUGCCUCCUUAUGACCUCCUGUGACCUCUCUGACCAGACCAAGGGCUGGAAGACAACGAGGAAGAUUGCCGAGCUGAUCUACAAAGAGUUCUUUUCCCAAGGAGACUUGGAGAAGGCCAUGGGCAACAGGCCAAUGGAGAUGAUGGACCGUGAGAAGGCCUACAUCCCCGAGCUGCAGAUCAGCUUCAUGGAGCACAUCGCAAUGCCCAUCUACAAGCUGCUGCAGGACCUGUUCCCCAAAGCAGCAGAGCUGUAUGAACGUGUGGCCUCUAAUCGUGAGCACUGGACCAAAGUGUCGCACAAGUUCACCAUCCGCGGCCUCCCAAGCAACAACUCGCUGGACUUCCUGGACGAGGAGUACGAGAUACAAACAUCCAGUUGCCCAGUCCCUUCUGGAUUGCUUUCCUGUGUUAUAGAAGCUGGAAAACGAAAGUAACAUUUCCCACAUUCCACGUGGGUUUCACCUGUAACCUGGGUUCCACAUAGAAGAUGUUCCGUUCUCUUUUUUUUUUGGCCACUCUGUGUGGCUUGUGGGAUCUUAGUUCCCUGAGCAUGGAUUGAACCUGGGCCCUCGGCAGUGAAAGCACAGGGUCCUAACCACUGGACCACCAGGUAAUUCACAAGGUGUUCCUGAUAAGACAUGGAAGUGGAAGGAAAUGAUGGGCACUGAUGUCUGCAUGCAGAUAGAUAAGAUCACCUGGAAAGCAUCUGUGAUGGGGGUGUCUGGGUGUUCUGGGGCAUCCGUGGAGGAGUUUUUAACAGCCAUCACCUCACAUAGGUGCCAAGCAACAGGUGGCAGGGUGGUGAUAUUUCCACUAGAAAAUUCCCCUGGUGUGGAUGGGUGUUUUGGCUGACUGCUUUGGCCCUGACCUUUAACUGUGUAGCAGUGAGCCUGAUUCUCUUCUCCUUCUGCUUAAACCUGUAUGGAUUGUGGUGUAGACAGCCAAGAACCUCAACUGACAGUUCUCUUGAAGCACUGAUCUCAUUAGUUGUGAUUGUCCAUCUUCCCCAAUAAAAUGUGAGCUCCCUGGGCUUCCCUGGUGGCGCAGUGGUUGAGAGUCU